ACUAGCGAGGAACGCAGAAGAACGCAAAAAAUGGAUACAAUUCAAGUUUGACAAUCUUGUAUAUUUCAAUUUUAUCAAGCAGGACUAUCGAGGAAUAUCUUUCUUACAAGAAACUGUCUUAUUAAGGAAUUGUCAGAACAGUAUAUAUACUUGGGAUUUCUAACAUUCUUAGUAAAGAAAUCUCGAUAAACCCAGUUCAUACGCUGCUUCAUGGAUUUAUCGCGGUCGACCGCGCGUUUUUUCUUCAGAUAUGAAUUUUGUUAUUGGGCACAUUAAAACGUAGAAAACACCGAGAUGAUGCAUAGAAGGGGUGGUAAGCGAAUCCGGAUGGACGAUCCGGUGCCACCGGAGUACGAGACACCGAUGACACCUAUGACUCCGAUGAAUGAUAAUUCCGGCGGAGAUGCAAACGACUCUUACAAUGCUUACACACCGUAUCAGGCGUCUCAGACUCCACUACACAAUCCCACUCCAGAACAUUACUCUUCUGAGAGUUACAGUUCACCGGGCACAUCUCAACAACAAUAUCAGGAGCAAGGCAAUUUUGACAAUCAGACACAAUUUGAGGCUCCUAUGACACCUGCCGCUUCUAACAUGAGGAUCACGAGGAACACACGUGCCAGGAUGCGUGGAGGUGUGGUGCAGCAGCCCAAGUACAAAGAGAUUGAUACGGAUUAUGCUCCAACAUCUAGCAGCAGAGGUAGAGGUGGCGGGGGACGAGGACGUGGCAAAAGGGCGCAUCAUUCACAUAGUCUGGAAGAUGAAGCUAGUCUUUACUAUGUUAUUAGGAAUAAUCGUUCGUCACUCACUACUAUUGUUGAUGACUGGAUAGAAAAAUAUAAGGGUAACAGAGAAAAUGCACUGCUUAUGCUUAUGCAAUUUUUCAUCAAUGCAAGUGGUUGCAAAGGUCGUAUCACUUCUGAAAUGCAACUGACUAUGGAACAUGUGGCAAUUAUUCGCAAAAUGACUGAAGAAUUUGAUGAAGAAAGUGGUGAAUAUCCAUUGAUAAUGACUGGACAACAGUGGAAGAAGUUUCGUGCAAAUUUCUGUGAAUUCGUUCAAAUUCUCGUUCGUCAAUGUCAGUAUUCUAUUAUCUAUGAUCAGUUUUUGAUGGAUAAUGUUAUCUCUUUACUAACUGGACUCUCGGAUUCCCAAGUGAGAGCGUUUAGGCAUACCGCAACUCUUGCAGCCAUGAAAUUAAUGACAGCUCUAGUAGACGUUGCCUUGACUGUAUCUAUAAAUUUGGACAAUACACAGCGUCAAUACGAAGCGGAAAGACAGAAGGCUCGAGAGAAAAGAGCAGCAGAUAGAUUAGAAUCCUUAAUGGCAAAGCGAAAGGAGUUAGAAGAGAAUAUGGACGAAAUAAAAAAUAUGUUAACAUAUAUGUUCAAGUCUGUUUUUGUUCAUAGAUAUAGGGAUACUUUGCCGGAAAUACGCGCGAUUUGUAUGGCGGAAAUCGGAGUCUGGAUGAAGAAGUUUCAUCAAAACUUUUUAGAUGAUUCAUAUUUGAAAUAUAUCGGUUGGACUUUGCAUGAUAAAGUCGGAGAAGUUAGACUCAAAUGCUUGCAGGCAUUGCAACCGCUAUACGCUUCGGAGGAGUUGAAAACGAAGCUCGAGCUGUUCACAAGCAAAUUUAAGGAUAGAAUCGUGGCGAUGACGUUGGACAAAGAGUACGAUGUAGCGGUACAGGCUGUGAAACUGGUUAUUUCGAUCUUAAAGCAUCACAGGGAAAUUCUUACUGAUAAAGACUGUGAACAUGUGUACGAACUUGUUUAUUCAUCGCAUCGCGCGGUUGCGCAGGCAGCCGGAGAAUUUCUGAACGAACGUUUAUUCCGUCCGGAAGACGAAGCCGUGGUGGAUGUAAAGACCAGACGCGGCAAGAAACGAUUGCCGAAUACGCCCCUUAUACGCGAUCUUGUUCUAUUCUUCAUCGAAUCCGAAUUGCACGAGCACGGAGCGUAUUUGGUUGACUCCCUGAUCGAAACUAAUCAAAUGAUGAAGGAUUGGGAGUGUAUGACAGAUCUCUUGCUGGAGGAGGCUGGUCCCGACGAGGAAGCGUUGGAUAAUCAAAAGGAAACAUCCCUUAUCGAAUUGAUGGUAUGUUGCAUAAAGCAAGCUGCUACGGGCGAAGCACCCGUCGGUCGCGGACCCACUCGGAAAAUUCUAUCGGUGAAAGAACUUAAACAAGUUCACGAUGAUAAGCAAAAACUGACGGAACAUUUCAUUCAAACAUUACCACUAUUACUUGACAAGUACAGGGCAGACCCUGAGAAAUUAGCAAACCUGCUGGCAAUUCCGCAGUAUUUUGAUUUGGAUAUUUAUACAAAAUCUAGACAGGAGAUAAACUUAGAUUCUUUAUUAACUAAAAUUCACGUGAUUGUUGAAAAAAUGCACGAUAACGAAGUUUUAGAUACGGCGGCUAAAACUUUAGAACAUAUGUGUGUAGAAGGCCAUGCUAUUUUCACCAGAUGUGAUGUCGCUCGUUCCACUUUGAUCGACUCUAUUGUAAAUAAAUAUAAAGAGGCGAUCGAUGAAUAUAGAAAUUUGAUUGAGGGGGAUGAAGAGCCAGAUGAAGAUGAAAUAUUUAAUGUCGUCCAAUCGCUCAAAAAAGUUUCCAUAUUUUAUUCUUGUCACAAUAUGAAUCCAUGGGGCAUAUGGGACUCAUUAUACAAAGAUAUAGAGGAUGCAAAGGAUCCUUCAAAAUGUUUACCAUCAACUGCAGUUAAAUAUUGUAUAAGCGCAUGCUUCUUUGCCAUUUUGUGGGGUCAAAAUCAUUUGAUGGAAGCUGUAGAUUCAGGCAGCCACGGUGAGGACGAAUGUCGGCAAUUGAAGGAACGAUUGCAUUCUUUUAUGGGUUCAAUGCGCCAUUUCGUUAAUGGCGAUACGCCUUCGCCGCCGAUCUUGAGGGAAGACGCAUAUAAUACUAUAUGUGACUUAUUAGUAAUAUUCUGCAAUCAGCUCACUACGCAUAGUAAUCCUCUGAUGCAUCAAUUAGUGUAUGAGCCUGACCAAGCAAUGCAGAAUAUGCUCAAUAGAUUUAUACAAGAGUACGUCUUCUUCGAAGAGGAGGAUGACGAACACGAUGAACAUUCUAAAAUCGAGGAAUUGCAUAAAAGAAGAAAUUUCUUAGCCGGAUACUGCAAAUUAAUCGUCUAUAAUAUGAUCCCUACGAAAGCCGCAGCCGAUGUAUUUAAGCAUUACGUUAAAUAUUAUAACGACUAUGGCGAUAUUAUUAAAACCACAUUAGGAAAAGCAAGAGAUAUCAACAAAACGAAUUGCGCGCUCACAAUGCAACAAAGCUUAAAUAUUUUGUACAACGAGAUAGUGGCCGAGAAGGGCAAAGUGAACAGAAAUAGUGAAGAAUUCACUGCAAUCAAGGAACUGGCGAAGCGAUUUGCUUUGUCCUUCGGCUUGGAUGCCGUGAAAAAUCGAGAAGCAAUUACAGCCUUGCACCGUGCGGGUGUAUUAUUCGCCAUUACUCCACCAGACGGCAUCGAGCAGGAUCCUACAGGUCCGCCACCGAAUUUACCAUUCCUCGAGAUACUGUCAGAAUUUACGAAUAAGCUUCUCAAACAGGAUAAACGUGUUGUACUCAAUUUUCUGGAUAGACGAUUACAAGCUGGAAUGCCGUCUUCACGAGGAGAAGAUUGGCAGCCUUUACUAUUGUACAGAAAUAGUUUAUUACAUGGCGAAACUGAUCAAGUUCCAGUGACAAGUAAACGAGCUUACACGAGGCGCAAGAAGGAUCACUUGGCUGAGGAAGAGGAAGCUGAUGAACCUGAUGAAGGUUCUGAUCAUGAGUUUGCAGGCAAGCAAAAAAAAAAGCGUUCGCGAAAGAAUCAAUUACCAGUUAAUAAAGUGGUAAUAACACGUGGACCUAGAACAAACACUUUCUAUGAGAAUAAUGACACUGCACAAAUUCAAACAUCUCCUUCUGCAACUACAGAAGAUACAACGACGAGUCCUUUGCAAGAUCUUGAUAAUAGAUUUAAAGCACUACAAACACAGUCGUCACGACCACGAAGAAAUCAAGAGCAUGUAGAGCACAGAGAGCUGCGUAGAACCUCUAGGAACUCGGGCAAAUAUGUUGAGGGGCAAUAUAUGGAAUCUGAUUCUGAGUAAGAAAACAUAGUCUAUAAAAGCUUUACUUCUUAAAUUUAAACAACUGGAUUGUGAUAUGUGUUCAGGUAUGUCAUUUGAGAAUUAUAAAGACAUACUUAAUUAUAUGAAUGGCUUUCGAAAAGCAAAUAUUAAUACAUUAUUAUAUUAUAAUAGAUCAGCAUAUUAUCAUAUAAAUAAGCCAAAUUUAGUUUUUCUGUCAGAUUAAAUUUAUUUUAUUAUAUGUUAUAUCACACACACACAAAUGAAUUUUUCAGAGCGAGUAUUGAUAUGUUAUUAUCUACAAGAAAAAUUUUUUGUUCUUUUGUGAAAUUGACUUUAUUUCUCAUUAUACAUUUUGUUCCAAACAAUACAGUAUAUAUAUUUCAUUUUUAUAUAACAUACAUAUAAUGCCAUAAAAGCUUUACUAUCAGCAUUUACAUACAUGUAUUGUGAUACGUGUUCAUAACAUAUGGCAUAGGAAAGCUUUUAGAGAGAGAGUAUUGACAAAUUAUUCUAAUAGACCAGCAUUAUUAUAUAUAAGCGAAGUUUUUUAGUUUUCUACGAGAGAUUGGAUUUAUCUCAUUAUAUGUUAGACAAAUAAUAUACAAUAUUUGUAUUUCAUUUUUAUGUAUAUAAAAAUGAAUGCUUUACACAAAUUCUUUCUCUCUUUAUUUUAACUAUUUAAUAAUUUUUUUUAAAUAAACAAAUACAAUUUAUUGGCAUAGAUUUAUUUGUGAAUGCAUUAUAGAAACAUAACAGACCAAAUACACUUUUACAGUUGCAUUUUUGACAUAACUGUAAAAGAGUGACAAGUGUAAAAGUGACAGACUCGUAGUUGGCAAAUCUUAAAGAUAAUUCUCGUCCUAUUAUGAGAGAUUUGUGUUUUUUCCCAUAUAGAUUAAGCAGAAAAUAAUUUUAUCUGACUGUUCCUAUAUAGUUUGCAGUAACGUUUUGUACAUUGAAAUAAAUUUAGUGUUAA